ACGCCGUCGACCAGACCUCGACAUUUUAAUUUUUAGAGUCAAGUAGUUUGUGCUGCACAUUUCCAAUUUAAAUAUGCCGAGCUUCUUCUAUUAGGCAAAGUUAUUAUUAACGUUACAGAAAGAAACGUUUGAAAGGAUAUUUAUAAAGGCACGGUAAACACUUGCAUUUGUUAACAUAGUCGACGUUCCAAUGAGAAAAAUGAUGAGCGUUUAAUCUCCGCAAAAUAAAGGAUGAACGGAUUCGCGCUCAUUGUGUUUAUCUCCCUGGUGCCAUCGUCGGUCAUCUGCGAGGAUUCCUCAUCCUUCGAGGAUGGUUACUACUUGGACUCUCUUAUCGAAGAAACCGCAUUUGCCGUAGGGUCGGAUACUCUGGAAUGUCCUUCGAAUAAUGUGAUUACGACCCGGUACAAAUGCAAAAUGCACGGGGAAUGGGUGGACUGCACGAGGAAACACUGCUGCCCGAAUUACAUCUUCAUCGCCGGAAAGUGCGUCUCGAAGGACGAGGAUCCUUGCACGAUGGGACAGUGCGAGCAGCAGUGCACCAUCUACAUGCAAAGGGUCAUUUGCUCAUGCUACGACGGCUACAAAUUCAGCCCAGAGAACCAGAGGAAAGGCGAACGGCCUUUCUGCAUCGAUGUUGAUGAGUGCUCUGAGGGAAUCAGCGACUGCGAGCACGAAUGCCUAAACGAGGUCGGAGGCUACAGAUGCGGAUGUCGGGAAGGACACGUGCUCAGGUCGGACAACAGGACAUGCAAACCGGAUGCGACCAUCACUUACCAAACGGAUGGACUACAGGAGCUAGCCGCCUUCAGAGACAGAUGCUUUGCCAACUGCGAUACCGUGCAGAAGCUUCACGAUAAGAUGAAGGUGCUGCAGGAGAAGGUGUCAGCGCUCAGCACGGCCAUACGUCUUUCCAGCUUCGCAUCCGGUCCUCCGGGACCUAGUGGACCGUCCGGACCACCGGGACCUCCAGGUCCGCGUGGAUUUCCAGGACCUGAAGGAAGUGGAGUUGCACAAGGCAACACUCAGGACUACACGUACUCAAUAUUGGACGCUUUUGUGCCUUUGCCAGGGGAUGAGAACGCCCAGUGCAGAUGCAAACGAGGCGCCCAAGGCAACACCGGCGCACCGGGUCUGAGAGGUCCUCAGGGGCUGCAGGGUGAACGUGGGCCGCGUGGUCUGAAGGGUGACAAGGGAUCCUUUGACUUCCUGCUAUUGCUGAUGGCCGACGUCCGACACGAUAUCGUCAAUUUGCAGAACAAGGUUUUCGAAAGCGGCAACAAACCAGCAGGGUUCGACUUCGAAGCAGCUUUGGAGAAGAAACGUCUAAAGGGCAAGAACAAACUUUUGCAGCAGUACCGCACGCUUCAGGCCUACACUAACCCUGCUGUCGUGGCUAACCUGAAUGCUACCACAACGACCACAGAGCCGACCACUGCAGCUGUUCCAGAGACUACCACCGAGAAAUAUCUCAUUGAGGAAUUUAAAGAUGCCACAAAUACGCUGGGACCUGCCGAUGACUAUGACUACGAGUUUAGCGGAGAACUGACGGACGAAGACUACAUCUAAGAAUAAAUAUUUAACAACCUUAGCAGUUGAUACUACUAAAAAAUAAUUGUAAGUAUUUUUUUAGACAGAAUACUAUAAAAGCUAAACCAAACUUUAAAAACUACAUU